AUGGCCAGUUCGUCGCAACGGUUUCUGCUACUGGAACGCAAUUUCUGUGAUUUAAGACGUCGAUUUUACUCUGGAAAAGCGUUAGAGCUCGCCUCUAUCAGAUACGGUGAUCCUUCAAAAGAUCGAGAACGUCCCCCGUUGAUCAUUUGUCACGGACUUUUUGGACAAAAACAGAACUGGCAUAGCGUUUCAAAGGCUAUGCAACGUCGACUUGGUUGCACUAUCUAUUCCCUUGACCUUCGGAAUCAUGGGGAGUCUCCAUGGUCGGACUCGAUGAACUAUGAUGAUAUGAGUGCGGAUGUUGUUGGUUUCCUAGAAAAUCUUUCAAAGGAAAUCAAUUUUCGUCAAUUUCAUUUACUUGGACAUUCUAUGGGUGGAAGAGUGGCCAUGCGCAUUGCAGUUGAGGCGUCGUGGCAGCGGCUUAUCGAUCGGUUGAUAAUCGAGGAUGUCUCUCCUAAGGCAUACGAGAAAGAAUUUGCAGCUCAUGUCACCUUUCGAAAAUAUAUCCACGCCAUGGCAGCAAUGGAUCUGAGCAAAAGUCGUAGAGAAAUUCUCAAAGAACUUGAGGAUAUUGUACCUGACAUCGGUGGUGCACUACUCGACAUCUUCCUAGUCGAACUGAUGACUGAUUGUGCUGUGGGCGAACAGAAAUUAUUGAGCGAACUGCGUGUGACGGAGUUGAAGCAGGAACUGGAGAAGCGAAAUUUGGAUAAGAAUGGUAUCAAGAUCAUUCUCACUGACCGGCUUGAGAAGGCGUUGAUUGCCGAUGGACAUGAUCCAGCGACGUAUUUGUUCCGGGUGAACGAGAACAUGGCUUCACCCGGAAGUGUCAAGCCGUCAUCGCCAGCAAUUUCCCCCGCUGCUUCUAUGGAAGACUUAACAGAUGGGAGUGGGGAAAAGAAAGAGGCCACUUCUGAAAAUGGGAACGGCGUUGGAACAGGUGAGAGCCAAGAGGAACCAAUGGAAUCCGAUAAUGUGCAAGCGACGAAGGACGGGAAUGCUGAGAAUCCUAACAAUGCUGACAAUCUUGAUAAUUCGAAGGAUCUGAUUAUUGCUGAAGAACCAGCUGGAGAUCCAGUAGGACACGUUAAUGAAGAGGAAAUGCUGGAAGAUCCGCUCGUAGACGUGCCAACAGAAGGCAACACAGCACCUGCUAAAUCAGCUGUUACAGUUACAGCCCCCACAUCGACUGUUAAGACUCCAGUGCAGGCUCCUGUGAACGAUGACAAAGAGAAAGACAUCGCAUCGCGCUCGAUUUGGGUCCGCGGCCUGACGUCAGCCACGAAGGCAGCCGAUCUUAAGGUGUUAUGCACUCAGUUCGGCAAAGUGGUGCGCGCGAAAAUUUAUACUUCAAAGAAGCAAACGACGUCGGCUUGUUAUGGAUAUGUGACCAUGGCCGACAGUGCAGCUGCCGAGAAAGCGGCUGCCGCUUUGCACAAGACGCAAAUCAAAGGACGGACAAUCUCCGUGGAGAAGGCGGAUAGAUCGAAAGUGCCGGCCGUUAAGACUGCGGGAGCGACUGCAGCUCUCGCCAGGAAAGACGCCCCUAGCGACUCAGCUGCCGCUAAACGUGAAUCCGAGAAAAAGACAAACCAUGAUGCGUCGAAAUCGACUAAGACAUCUGUUGCUGCUGAGAAGUCGCAGAGUGAAUCGAAAGGAGGGAAGAAUACGUCGACAACGCAGUCGAAACGUGACGAUGCGCGUAGUGACAGAAAACGGGACGAUAAAGAUACGAGACGUUUGUCGAACAGUGAACGACGCGACAGUGGUACGCGACGCGUUUUCGCAUACACAUUCCAGAAUCGCAAGAGGCCAUUCAAACUGUCAGAUUCGAAACGGGAACCAUAUAGAAGAGCACCAGCGCGAGAUCCUCGUCGCGAUUCCCAGAGGACCAUCACUGCUGCACGUCGAUUUCCAGCAUCGACUAGAGGGGUACCAACCCGUGGCCUUCGUGGACGCAUUACCCGUCCUGGUGAUAGAGCAAAUAGCUAUUUGUCGAUUCGUCGUCCAGAAGCGAUGAGCCAACGUGAUCUCCUGACUCUUAUGCGCAGAAAGGAGGAGGAACAUCGUCGCCGUGAAGCAGAAAUCGAAAAAGAACGUGCCCUAGAGAGAGAACGUGAACGAAUACGCUUCGAGCGUGAGCAACUAGAGAAGGAACGUUUGCAGUUGCAAUUGCAAGCUGCACUGCAGCAACAAAAAAUGGCUACUAUGAAUUCUUCGCGCACGAAAAGCACAUAUUUGCCAACUUCGGGACAUGCAAGUAGCAGAGGUCGUCAUGAAUACCGUGAUAACCGUUCCAGUCGUGGUGAUAAAGUAAGUUCAACGGUGCAUCGUCGUACAUCAGGAGACACUCGGCGACCAUCAACGACUGAUGAUCGUUCUCGCUCACGUCAUGUUGGAGGUGGUGAUAGGUCCUCCUCUUCACGAAUUGAAAGAGAUCGUUCUGAUCACAAGCCAGCACCGUCAUCAACUCGGGAGCGCGGUCGCGGCCACGAAUCGUAUGGAUCUUCUCGUGGACACAGUUCUUCUCAACCUGCAGCUUAUUCAUCUAGAAAGGAAUACGAUAGAGUAUAUCCCUCGUCGAGAGAUUCUGCAUCGUACACUGGAAGAGGAGGAAGUUCUUAUUAUGGGUCAUCUGGCGCUUGGGCAUCGUCAUCGAGCGGUUAUGGAUCGUCAUCGUGGCAAGGUGGUAGUGGAUCUGCAGUAGGUCAUUCAUCGAGCGGAUCAGCAUGGGCUGGACGAGGAGGUACAGGGAGCAAUGGUUGGUCAACUUUUGGAAGUGGUGCAGGAACAUCCUCCAGUUCGAGCCUGCGCUAUGAUUAUGACAAAUACCAGCAACGAUUCUGA